AUGGCAGAACAACCACCUCUCAAGAAAUACCGUGCUAAUUGCCAUUGCGCCGCCUACGUCUACGAAGUCAACCUUCCGGAGGUGAAGGCUGGUCUAGUAUGCAACUGCAGUUAUUGCUACAAGAGAGGAGGCAUUUUUCAAUGUCCGCCCGAUUCUAAUGAUAUUGCAUUUGUGAAGGGUGGUUACGGCACUCUAACGACCUAUCAUUUCGGGAAUACUAAGCAUCUGUUUUGCCCCAAUUGCUGUACCGACUUGUUCCGUGUGGACGACAAGUCUUAUGUGAAUCUACGAGCAUUUCAAAACUUCAAUGUGUGGGACCUUGAGACAAAACCCGAAGCAGUAUCACCAUCAGACUGGACACCCGCUAAAUUCACCGGCCAAGAACCCUCAGCUCAGAUCGAGGGAGCAAAAUUAUACACCGGUAGCUGCCACUGCGGCGCCAUCACACUCGCAUUGAAAUCAAAGCCCAUCGAUAGCACCUACGACGAAAAUCUCCUCGACUGCAAUUGCAGUAUAUGCAUCCGAAACGCAUACCUAUGGAUAUACCCCUCCAAGUCCCAAGUUUCCAUCCUCCCCAGCUCCCCAGAAAUCAUAGGAUACUACGCCUUCGGCCGAGACUACUGGCGCAAGACCUUCUGCCGGAUUUGCGGCGUGCCUAUCCAAAACUACCUUCCCAAUUACACACCCGAGGAAAUCGCCGCGUUUCCGCAAGAACACAAACGAGCCUGGGUCACGAAAUUUUUGAACUGGUCGCCGAUUAAUAUGCGCGUGUUAGAUGGGUUGGACUUAGAAGGGUUGCCGAUUAGACGGGUAGACGGCGCGGGGAAGGGUGUGCCUGCUUAUGUGAAUCCUUAG